AUGGUCCUGGAGCACCAGGGAAUGCUGCAGAACCUGCAAACGCUCGGCUCGCAGCCGGCGCUGCAGCUGUACGCGGCGGCGGCUGCCGCCCAGUUGGCCCCCCGCAACCGCUCCAGCGUGCCCCCGCAAUGGGCCCCUUUCCUACAGUUCGGCGUACCGAACGUCUUCGGCGGACACUUUCUGACGAGACCGCGCUUUGGGCCGCCCGGCGCUCCGCCCAACCUGGCCGGCCUAGGAGGCGGCGCGGGGACGGUCGGGGGCGUCGGGGUGGGUGCCGGCGCCGGCAGCCUACCGGGGGGACUCGUGAAUGGGGGCUCCCAUCCUAACAUAUCACCUCACCGCACGAUGCAGGGACCACCGAGUGAAGACUCGAACGAUGAUCGAGGAUCGGCCGCCGACGGAGACGACGAAAGCAGCGCCUCGAAGCGGAGACGGUCCCGGACGAACUUCAACUCCUGGCAGCUGGAGGAGCUGGAACGGGCGUUUUCCGCCAGCCACUACCCGGACGUGUUCAUGCGCGAGGCGCUGGCGAUGCGGUUGGAUCUCAAGGAGAGCAGGGUGGCGGUGUGGUUUCAAAACCGAAGGGCAAAGUGGCGGAAAAAGGAGCACACGAAAAAAGGACCCGGCAGACCCGCACACAACGCCCAUCCGCAAUCCUGCUCCGGUGAACCGAUCCCGCCAAGUGAGCUGAAAGCCCGAGAGAAGGCGCGUCGCCGGAAGAAGAUCGCCAAGGCGCUGGAGCGGCAGGCCCGGAAACUGCGGGCGAAGGGUAUCGCCGUCGACCUGGAGGCACUUCGGGCCGAGUAUCUCACGCAGCACCGUAACAACUCCGGCAGCGAGUCGGAGGACGACGAUGACGCCGACAACGACGACGAGGACCCGAUCGACGUUGUCGGCGGGGCGGAGUCGGGCGAUGAGCCGGAAGACUGCUCGAUACAGCGCCGGGAGAGUGUCGAGGGCGACGGGCUGGACGAGACGGGCAGCGAAACGCCACGCAACAGCAUCCGGCCCAACCCAUUUAGCAUAGAAUCGCUCCUGUACAACAACACGUGA